ACGCGGUUCGUGCCAAGCUGCAGGAGUCAGACGCCUCCAGCUGCUCGUUUCCCGAAGCAGAACAACAGGCGUCAUAUGAGCCUCUUCCUGCUGCAGCCUCUGAACCCGCUUUCUCUGGAAAACUGAGGUUUUUUGCUUUGCAAAUGAGCAGCGGUGCAGACAGGUUUCCGUUUUUCUCUUCCUCCUCCCCCCCGGCAGCAGCGAGGAGGGCAACGCUGCGAUCGCAGCGCAGCUCGCAGAGGGAGGAAGUCAGAGCAGUCAUCUGCAGGUUCAGGCUGGCAGACGCACACAGACUGCGCUUGGUGAGUCACUUUGAAGGAGCCGGUCCAGACUCGCCGUCCGGCCUCCCAGAGACGAUGAACAACUCCACCGAAUGUGAACCAGUUCACCAGGCGGCCAACACCUUCUUCAUGGUGAUCUACAGCCUGGUUUUUCUGGUGGGUUUGGUCCUGAACGGAUUCACGCUGCGGGUUUAUUUCUGCGUGUCGCAGCGCCGGCCGUCCAGCAGCGUCACCGUCUUCCUGAAGAACCUGGCGGCCUCCGACUUCCUCAUCAGCCUCUGCCUCCCGCUGCGCAUCAUGAACUUCUCCACCAACUCCACCCUCAUCCGACAGGUUUACUGCAACUUCGGCGCCUCCGCCUUUUACCUCAACAUGUACGCCAGCAUCCUGUUCAUGGGCUACAUCGCCGCCAACAGGUACAUGAAGAUCGUCCAUCCUUUGGGAAAUCACUUCAUCCACAAGGCCCGAGCCGCUUACAUCAUCUCCAUGUUGACAUGGGGCUUCCUCCUGACGAUGACCAGCUCCUACGUGAUCCUGUCCCUCAUCACCCAGAAGGGUCAGGAGAAUCUGCCCGGUAUGGUCAGCUGUGACGUCCUGCACAGCGAUCAGCUCAGACUCCUCUACAAGGUCAUCCACACCUGCUCCGCCGCCAUCUUUGUGGCCGUCCUCAUCAGCCUCAUCUGGUUCUACCACAGCACCUCCCGCAGGCUGGCGCAGGCGCAGAAGAAUCAGUCGACUUCCAGCAACUCCAAGAAGCUCGCCAAGUCCCGGCGGAACAUGCUGGUUCUGGUCUCGGUCUUCUGCAUCUGCUUUGUCCCCUACCACCUGAUUCGCCUUCCCUACGCCUUCAUGAAGGAGCUGAUCUGCUCCUGGAAAGGGUGGUUCUUCUACCUGAAGGAGCUGACCGUCCUGGUGUCGGUCCUCAACGUCUGCUUGGACCCGCUCAUCUACUUCAUCUUCUGCAAGGCGUUCCGGGCCCAGAUGACCAUGAGGCGGGUCUCCAACAACACGGACAGUCCGACGCAGCCGGACGCCGCCGACAGGCGGAGCAGCGACGGAUGGAUGAACUCCCUCAGGAACCUCAGGAAGUUGUCAGUCAUCUCGCUGACCAGGCAAACCAGCGUCUUGUAGAAGCUCCUGAACCGACCUUUACCAAUGUCAGAAAAUCCCGACUGGAAGUUCAAGAAAUCCCUGUAAAUCCAUCUUACAGGAGUCAUUGAAUCCCCAACAGAUCCUGAACCUGGCGCCAGUGGAGGGAAGUCGUUGAUCUUCACCUUUAAUAGUUCAACCUGAACAUCCUCUUAUGAACAGGAAGAACACAGAGGCUCUCAAACAUGGUCCAGUUAAAUAAGUUGCAUCAUAUAAUCUCAUAAACAUCAACACAUUUUUGGGACUUUAUUCAGUUAUUUGACUGAAAUUGACAGCAGAGUCAUGCUGACUGUUUAGUGUCGACCAAUGACUUUCAAGGUUUUAAGCGUCUCCCAGAAUCUUUCUAAAGCUUCGGCUGUUUCACUCGUGUUUCAGGUGGUUCAGGUUCAAAUGAAGCGAGUCCAAAAGUCCAUCAGAGGUCUGUGUUUCCAUCACCGUUUCAGCUCUGCUCAUUUUAAGUAUCACAGCAGAAAAGCUGGUUGGACCAGCAAAAUCCAAAAUCCUUCAUUUCCCAUCAUCAUUUUUUAUCUUGCUUGAGGUGGUUUUUGAGUUAAUGUGCCAGAGGGGAGGUGGAAACACAGAAUAAGGUCCAAUUCUCCCAUCCACUGGUCCGGUGUGCCUCACCAGAAACACAAAGCUCAGGAAUAUUUCAAAGUCCAAGCUUGUAGGGGAAGAGUCCUCAUUCAUCUGAGAUGUGUGGUCCAGUUAGCUAGCAACCUCUACUUCCUGUUUAUCACGGCCAUGCGUAGCGUCUGAUGAAAUCGCUAUGCAGUCUGAUUAGCACUGUUAGCACCGUUAGCGCUGUUAGCACCAUUAGCACCGUUAGCACUGUCAGCACCGUUAACACUAUUAGCACCGUUAGCGCUGUUAGCACCGUUAGCACCGUUAGCGGCUUAGACAGCAGCUGUGAUGAGGCCAAGGUGAUACUCUCACUGACCGUCCCUGACCAAAGGUUCAACGGUGUGAAUGUCACAUGCAGGCUAGUUAGCUUAGCUUCAAGUUGAUGUGAAUUAUCUGCAGAAACACAAUAGCUGAGCCAAAGAGAAAAGCUGUUGAUUUACUGGUCCGUCUACGUUCUGACCCUCAGAGACGGUCAUGAACCCUGGAUCACGUCCGGAGGGACUGGUAGCCGACCUGACACGGACGUGUGCCUGGGAAUCUGGUGGUGGAGCCGCUGCUUUUAAUAACAAGCUAAUCAUAACAAGCUAAUCAUAACAAGCUAAUCAUCUGCAUGGUUGGUUUCAUCAAACGUCUCUUUGGGAAUCACUUUGUUGCAGCUCAUCGUGAUAGGUAUUUUCCUAGAACCUACAUAAAAGAACCACAGACAACGUAUAUGAAUUUCAUGACAAAGCCUUUGCAAAGGAGAAGACUCUAUCAACUGCUCCUCYGAGCUGUUCACAGAGCGUUCUGAAGAUCUUUGGGUUCAGCUUGUCUUUUAUUAUCAAACUUCAAAGAGGGAGGAUAGGCA